AUGGCCUCUUCCUCUUCCUCCCCCGUCUUCUCCGGCGAGACGAAGGUCGCCAUCAUGCGCCGUGUUCUCAGCGACGGCACCGUCGAGAUCUACUCCGACUCCGCCAGCAAGGCGCAGACUGACCCGGAGCACUGCAUUGACUGCUGCACCGCCGAAGAGUGCCUCGAGACCUACGGCAUCGAGGUCGACACUCGCAAGGCCUCCAAGAAGGCGAAGUCAUCGAACAACAUGAAGCCUUCCCGCUACUGGAGGGCCCCUGAGAUGCCCUCGGCCACCGAGAUGGAGACCCCAUCUUCCAACACCACCUCCACGUGCCACAACAACAACCAGGCCUUCAGAACCAUCACCUACCACGCCACCUCUCACAGCUCCCCCCUUCGUCGCAACCCCUCCCACAACAUCGGCUCUCCCUCCGCCUCCCAGGCCGAGCCGUUCCACUACCACUCCGCGCACACAGCCAACUCAGUCUACUCCCUCGCCGCCGCCGCCGCCGCCGCGGCAACCCACCACCGCCACGGCGAAUACCCCUUCGCCAUCGUCAUCAACCAGACGCCCUACCUCACCGAGACCGAGCAGCGCGCCGUCCACGCCGUCGCGAUGACCUCCCGCGAGCGUCGUCCCCGCUCGGACUUCACGCCCGAGGAGCAGGCCGACUGGGAGGAGCGCGAGUGGAUGGCCAUGCAGGAGGACGAGUACGAGCGGGACAUGGAGGUUCCGCUGCCCUCGCGGACGUACCGAAGCAGGAACUUGUCUCCCGAGAGCGAGUAUCGCGGCGCGCAGAGUGUUGAGUCCGAUCAAGAGUCGGUUGACAGCUUCAACACGCCCCAUCAGUCCCGCCGUGGCAGUUUCACCUCCGACGACGAUUUCCGCACCUGCCGCAGCGACUACUCCGGCGAUUACCACACCUGCAACAGUGAUGACGAGUUCGACCACGGCGUCGCGGAGGCCGCAUAUGGCCGCCGCUACCGCAUGGACUUGUAA